AUGGACUUGAGCGUAAAUAGUCUCUUUGGCAACAUUCCGCCUCAAAUCGGUCUCUUGAGCAAUAUCAACUAUCUUGACCUCUCUAUCAAUCGGUUCUCAGGGAUAAUACCACCAGAAAUUGGCCAUCUAACGAAAUUGGAGGUCCUACACCUGGGUUUCAAUGGGUUAAAUGGCUCCAUUCCCCUAGAAAUUGGGCAACUGCAUUUGCUCCGUGAGGUCGCACUAUGUUUGAAUCAAUUGCGUGGAUCCAUCCCUUCCUCAUUGGGUAAUUUGAGCAAAUUAGCUAGGGUGUAUGUUUACAACAACUCUCUUUCUGGUUCUAUACCUCCUGAAAUGGGUAAUAUGAUAAAUUUGGAAGUGCUCCACAUGGACACCAACUUCCUGACAGGACCAAUUCCUUCCACUCUAGGUAACUUAACCAAAUUGAGAGAGCUGCACCUAUUUGCUAAUAAGCUUAACGGUUCCAUCCCCCUAGAGCUUGGGAAUUUGAAACUUCUCAGCUCAUUGAGUCUUUACAAUAAUAAUCUUUCUGGUUCAAUCUCACCGAUAUUAAGCAAUUUGACGGAGCUUAUCUUUCUUUACCUCCAUGAUAACCAGCUUUUGGGUCACAUUCCCGAUGAGAUGGGAAAUCUUCAUGCUAUGCAUGACUUAAAGCUAAGUGGAAAUCAGCUCACCGGCCCAAUUCCUUCAUCUUUGGGUAACUUGACCAGUCUAGUCUAUUUGCGCCUCCAACUCAAUCAACUUUCUGGUUUGAUUCCUAGAUCCUUAGGGGAUCUAAUGAACUUGAAGGUGCUGCUAUUGAGCUACAACCAUCUUUCUGGUAACAUUCCUAUUGAGUUAGGAAAAAUUCAAACUGUGGACCUGUUGCCUCUGAGUGCAAAUAAGCUCACCGGUCCAAUUCCUUUUUCUUUCGGUAAUUUGACUAACCUAGUCUAUUUACGCCUCAGUGAGAAUCAACUUUCAAGGAAAAUCCCUUUAUCGAUUUGCAAUGCCACCAACCUUUCACUCCUCAUCUUGUCUAAUAAUAGCUUAACUGGCAACUUGCCCCAGUGCUUAUCAUACUUGAGCAUUGGUUUAUCUGUUUUGAACUUGCGAAUGAAUAUUCUUUCAGGCACGAUCCCUCAAACAUUUUCACUACAAAGUAGCUUGAGAACUCUUGACUUGAGUGAAAAUCAAUUUGAAGGCACAUUGCCACAAUCCCUUGUCAAUUGCAAAAACUUGGAAGUCCUAGAUUUGAGCAACAAUAAGAUAGUAGAUAAGUUCCCGGCAUGGUUGGGAAGAUUGCCAAACCUAAAAGUUCUUACUUUGAGGUCCAACAAUUUUAAUGGUCUUUUAGAUUUUCCAAAGGUAUCUCAUCUCUUUCCUAAGUUGCACAUUUUGGAUCUCUCAAACAACGACUUUGUCGGUCCUUUACCAGCCAAUUUGAUAGCAAAACUUGAAGGGAUGAUGAAUGGACAAGACGGUCAAGAGACGCAAAAAAAAUCACUGUACAUGAGGCAAGAAGCUGGAACGCGAUUCUAUGAAGCUUCUGUGAAUGUGACCAUGAAAGGGAAGGAGAUUCGGCUAGAGAGGAUCUUGACCAUCUUCACAACCAUCGACUUAUCGCACAACUCUUUUCAAGGGAACAUCCCAAGUGCUAUUGGAAAUCUUCAUUUUCUCAUAGGGCUCAACCUUUCCCACAACCAUCUCGUGGGCCCCAUUCCUUCGACCCUUGGAAAUUUGACUAACCUUGAAUGGCUAGAUUUAUCUUCAAACAAGCUUAGUGGAAGGGUUCCUAGAGAAUUAGAUGAUUUGUCAUUCCUUGGAUAUUUGGACCUCUCAGAGAAUCAACUCACAGGCCCCAUACCUCAAGAAAAGCAACUGAGCACAUUCAUGGGCGAUUCAUUUCGUGGAAACCCAGGGUUAUGUGGAACUCCAUUACGAAACACAUGCCCUGGUGAUGCUCAGCCUCCACCACCACCACCAUCAUUCUUCCUAGAGAAUAAUACAAGAAAGCAUGGUAGCAUGUUUGAUGAAAAAGCAGUCAUGAUAGGCUAUGCAUCUGGAAUUGUGAUUGGAAUGUCCAUAGCGUAUGUUACAUGUGAAAUUGGAAGACCCAAAUGGCUUGCCUCAAAAGUAAGAAUAGUGGAAAGAAGAGGAGCCAAAUGGAUGAAGAAGCCAAUGCAGAAGGCCAUCAAAUUUCAUGCAGGCCGAUGA